AGUUGUGCUCCGUUGCUCAAGAAGUGCUGGUCGAAACCGCAGUUCGUCGCGCGUUUGAUGAUCGUUCGCCUUGCUUUGUUAUUUUUGAUUGGCCGGUUGCAUAGUAUUGCUUCUUACAUUCGGUUUUUUUUUGUGGCUUUCCAUGGGAGCACAAUACUGAGAAGAGAGCUGAAGUUGGAUAAUCCAACGAUCAAGCGAGUGCCUUAUGGUAGAUGCCGUUUCAGGAUUUGAUGGUUGGAGGAGAUAUGGGAAAAAAUAUUAACAAAGCAUCAAGCAGUGUUGAAAUGUGUGAUUGAAAAAUAGAAUAAAUCAGAAGAGCAAAGGAGAAGUGUGGUAUUUUGUAAAGCGGAUCGUUGAAAAGAAAAGUGAUCGCCCGAGUGUAACUGCACCGAAAGAGGAUGUUGAUUCGUGUUAGCAAUAAUCAGCCGGAGAAGAAGAGUCAAGGUAGCGCAAACAAAAUUGCUGACGAGAGCUCUGAGUACAGUGAAGUGUAGUGCAAAUAUUUUCGUUGAAUAAUUUCAUCCUGUCUACUGACGACGACGACGACGCCGCCGACGGUAUAUCAAUUGAAUGCUAAUAUUGAGUGAUUUGAGCUUCAAUGUGCAUGCUAAUGUUCGUGGACUCAAAGUGAACGAGAUCUUUGAUUGAGAGUGAUCUUAGUACUUGCUGACGUCACAUACACACACUCCAGGCAGAGUAGAGUCGUAGUAGGCGUCGAAGAUCGGAAUCUUUAGGGUGUCGACGUAAUCGCGAAUGAGAGGGAGUAGGUACAUAUGUACUUCAUUCCACCUAGCGAAAACAUCAACAACAAUCAUCAUUCAUCGGGCAAAGCUCUGCUCCGAGAGGCAACACGUUGAGAUCGUUAGUUCGGUUCGAUCGUCAUCAGAUGCUCCUACCACCCCUCCGACCGAGUCACGCUUAGUCAGCGCCCGAGAGUCGCACCCUACCUUGUGCCCGUAUUCCGUUUCGUCACGCAAGGGUUCGCUGCGAGAGCUAGUUGGUUUCAGAUCCCCCCAUUGAAUCAGUUCACCUGCGGCACGGUCAACGGCUCCGGAUCUUGCGAGUUGUCGUUUGGUGAGACGUCUUCGGGUGGAGAGAGAAAGGGAACGGCAGCGUGCUGUUUUAGAGACUUGGGACCCUCCUCGGUGGCGCAAAAACCGGUUGGGUCGUCUCUGACGAGCUGACCUCUUCUUCGUUGCCUUUGCUUCAGCAGCGCCGGACUGGUUCAUUCAAGCAGAUAUACCUAGGUGGUAACAAGCGCGAAGAACCGCCACGGCACACACACACACACACACAUAGAGUGAAUGGGUCAUUUGCAAAGCGGAUCUUGUGCGCUACGAUAAAUAUUACACGGAGAAAACUGCGACUGAAAGACGAGACACAGAAAGUUCCUAUUUUGCUAACGAAGGAGUUUAUAGGAGGAGGAUUAUAUUUAUUAGACCGGCUGAGAGAUUGGAAGAUGCUUAUCACCACUAACUACAGUCAAAAGCAAUACCUGGACUCACUAUGCGUAACCGAAGCCGAGGACUCCAGCUACGACAGCGACUGCGACGGAGAUGACCUCUCACACCAGCAAGUGUCCCGGACUACCAGUGACACGCUGGGCCAAGAGUUUGCCGAAUAUGUCAGUCAUUCGCCAUCGUCGGUGACGGUAGUGGACUCCCAGCAGCUGGACCGAUCGCCCGGAUAUACCCAGCGCGUAGAAUUUGCACUUAAACUAGGUUACACGGAACGGCUAGUCCAGGCGGCACUGCAGCGACUUGGUCCCAGUCCUGCCCAGAAUGAGCUGCUUGCUGAGCUGAUCAAGCUGGGAUCGCAGCCCGGAGCCAAGGGUUCCGGUGAGUUCAGCGUCGACGGUGGUCUCAGUGAUUCACUGUUGAUAACGUCGUCGGAAUAUGGAGCACCGCCCGGAACGGGGAGUAACACUCAUGCGAUAAUCGGUGGUAGUAGUGUCAGUGCCAGUGAAGAAUCUCUUCGUCCAAUAGUGAUAGAUGGUAGCAAUGUGGCCAUGAGUCAUGGCAAUAAAGAAGUGUUUUCGUGUCGGGGCAUACGGUUAUGUGUGGAUUGGUUCAAGAAUCGAGGGCACAAAGAUAUUACGGUGUUUGUGCCCAAGUGGCGCAAGGAAAGUGCCCGACCGGAUAAUCCAGUCAAGGAUGGUGAAAUCCUGAACGAGCUGGAGAAGGAACGAAUGUUGGUGUUUACUCCUUCGCGAUUGGUGGGUGGCAAACGCAUGGUGUGCUACGACGAUAGAUAUGUUCUAAAGCUCGCUGCCGAGAACGACGGCAUCGUGGUAUCGAACGAUAACUACCGUGAUCUGGUGCAGGAGAGUUCCGAGUUCAAGAAGGUGGUCGAAGAACGGGUGCUGAUGUACUCGUUCGUGAACGAUCGCUUCAUGCCACCGGAUGAUCCCCUCGGGCGAUCCGGGCCGACGUUGGACAACUUCCUACGGGUGCAGCCACGCAAAGGCGAUCCUCCUCCGCCGUGUCCGUACGGGAAAAAGUGUACCUAUGGGAACAAAUGCAAAUUCUACCAUCCGGAACGGGGCAGUAUGCCGCACAAGUCCGUCACGGAACGACUGUCUGAAUAUGCGGCUCGCCACUUACAGGCUCGGAGUUGUGGCAGCUCAGACGGCGGCGGAGGUCCAGCUUGCGGUGGCCGAACCGUGGUGCAAGGCAAAUCGCUCAGCGUACCCUUGUCGAACAGUAGCAAUGAAACUAGUCCAAUCAAUGAUAAACGGAAAGCGUUAUGUCGUACCAGAUCCAACGUUCCACCAGAUACGGGCAGUAGUACUAGUAACAGUAUGUACGGAGUAAACCCUGGUGAUCAGUUGCAGCAACAACAGUUGCAGCAAUCUCAGUCGUUGCACCUCCAGCAGCAUCCGUUCAUGCCAACUCCCAACCGAUCCAACUGGGACCUUUCGCCUCUCUCGCUGCCGCACAAUUUAGUCGAUUCGCAAAUCUUCCCUAAAUCUCAUAGUAUAGAAAAUAUUUCCAAGGAGACGUACAAUCAGCUCCAUCAUUCGAAUAGUUACAGUGCAUCACUGUGGAAUCGGCAGCAACAGCAGCAGCAGCAGCAGCAGCAACAACAACAAGCACAACCAUCGCAACAUCAACAACAACAACCAGUAGAUCCAUGUGAUCGUAGUCUAGUAGAUCCUAGUGUAAAUCUACAUCGUAAGCUGCAGCGUCAGUUGACGCUAAAUCCGGCCGGAUGUGACCCUCGAAUCUAUCAGAUGCAGCGGAACGUCAAUCAACAGCAACAGCAGCAGCAGCAGCAGCAACCUCAGCACCAUUCUGGAACUGCAGCGUUGCAACUGUCUCCCCAUAGACCGUUGGCUCCUUCGUUGAGCGGAGGAGCCCGGCCGAACCCGGCCGCCCAUUGGGAUUUACAUCAGAACGUAACCCGCAUCGCUUCGGCGCCGGAUCCAUCCCGCCCGUGGCACACCGGUCCACCACCGGCGUCGUCCUCAGAACCACACAUUAACCUGUGGCCGCCGCCAUCGCAACAGGCGGGCAAUCAGGGUUCCGGUUCUGGUUCCGGUGUGAUUGGUCCACCUCAAUCCGCGUCACAAGCCCACCAGCAGCUGCAGGAUCAACGGCGCCGGCUGCACUAUCAUUUGGCCAGUAUCUUCCCCGAAGAGCAGGUGCAAACCGUGAUGCAGAUGUAUCCUGACGAAACCAACCCGCAAAAGAUAUGCGCCGCCAUACUGGCCAUGUUUCCGAAGAUGUAAGGUCCAGUAUAAGUCAAUAUUCUACCCGUUUGUAGGUGUAAAUAUUGUUACCUCGUUCGAUCUUGCGGACCUUGGUUUUAGAGGCGAGACUCUGUUGAUGUUUUCGUAAUUAUUGUCUUUUAGCGGAAACGGCGUACUGUGUCGUUUCCUUCGAUCUUUCCUGUUAUGUGCCUUGUGUUUAGAGGGGCACGAACAUUGUCUGUUUUUCUGUACUACGUUAAGAUGAAAUACUCAGCCAGUGUUAGAGAAGUCUAAAACAACACUUUGAAUAUUUUAGGUGCCAAAAAUCUAUUCCUCUCCCAACACACACUCACACAAAUAAGCAUAUUAGCGAACCAAAUGAUGGAGCAAGCAUUGUUCAAACUGUCGCUUCCAGUCGUUGAGAGAAUUCCAAUUUUAUAGAGAAAAAAAAACUAAACACUAACAUUUUUAUGAAAACUGAAAUUCUUCUAUUUAAGAGUCAGCAAAUCUAAUCUCAACCAUCUUUAAUAACUCUAGCACAAUUUUUUUCCCCUUUACAUAUAGCAUUUUCUUUUUUAAACUAUUUACCAUUUAUUUAGUUGUAUUAUUCCUAACCUCCUUUUUAGAUGCACAUAACUAUUAUCGACUAUUUAAUCGUUACAUGUUAGUUCUGUUUUUACAUAAUUUUCGUUGACUUUAUUGAUUACUAGACAUCUUUCCUCCCAUUUUCACCUUUUAUACAACAUCUCCGAGGCUUUCAAAUCUAUACCUCUUACCACACACGUAAAGCCCUAUAUAAGCAUUUUAGAAUUCUAACAUCCUAAAUAACGUUCCCAUUUCAGCCUUGGGUUUAAAAAAUUGUAGCAUGGCUUCAAAAUAGGGACACCCCUCAUUUCUGAAUGCACAUUGGUCCGACGAGCAACAGCUAGCAUUAUAACCAAUUACGACACUAUUAAACGAAACGACACAAGUUUUAUCAAUUUUCCAGAGUUCGAAAAUUCUGCCAGUAGAUGGAGACGGUAAAAGAUCCCAACCCUCCGGAAACAAUUCCGUGUAACUUCAUAUUGAAGCACUUUUGUUGCGUGCAGACUCGUGAUAAGCAUACCUACUUACUUAUGUACAACUACUACUAUUACUACUUCUACUACUACUAUUACUACUACCAAGCAUAACACGAUAUGACUGUUUUCCUCUAAUUUGAUUCAAUGGUUCGGUUGUGUAAAACGUCAAACUUACUAUCAUUAUCAUCGUCAUCAUCAGUAUUGUUCUCGCUGUUCUAAAGAUAACGGUAUUUCGAAAUUUGAGCAUGCGACCUUUUAUUUCCAAUGAAAGUCUCUCCGUAGCCUUUCGGUAGCUUCUUACGGGGAUCGGUGUUGCUCUAUUAUUAGAUAGUAGAAGCAUUUUAAAAUCGAUAGGAAGUAGAAUUACAUACAAAGCAGCUCGAACAAACUGUUUCUUCCUUUCUUUCCGAAACGAUUGUUAACAGCUAAAGAGUUAGACACAAACAGAAAAAAAAACAAAACAAACGAGAAACCACACUUCAACCCUACCAGUGUAUUCAAGGACAAAAACUUACCGUUCAACAAUUACUACAACUACUACUACUACCACUACAUUCUGAUAGUUUGGGAACUUUUAAUGUUAACAUACCCUUUACUCUACUACAGUACCAUUAGAGACGCACAGAAGAGUAGUGGAACAAGGGCCGACGAUAUGGGUUUAUAAAAAAACACGGUUACAUAUGACAUAGGAAAACACAAACAAAUAUAAGAAAAAGAAUAAGAAGAAUAUCACCACAAGCGAUAAAGGAAAGUGAAAGUAAGUCGAAAGAGAAAGGAAGAAUGGAGAGAAGUAGGGAAACAUUCUUCAACAAACAAACAAACAAACAUGCUAUGCAUACGAAAGCGUAAAAUUAUAAUAAAAAUUUGAAACAUUACUUAUAACAACACAGACAUGAGGAAGAGAGAAAGAUGAGUUUAAAAAAUAUACAAGGUACAUAUUUGAACUUCAAA